AUGAAGUUUGAUUUCUCCAUCCUCGCCGCUGCCACCGCUCUCGUCGGCUCGGCCACCGCAGCACCCCAGAACAGCAACAACGGUAACAACAACUGGCAGAGCUACGCUUCACAAGCGAGUUCUUACUGGGCAUCAGCCAGCCCCACCGCCACAGGCGACUGGUCGUCGUGGGCCAAUGCCGCCUCGUCGUACUGGAACAGCGUCAGCCCCAGUGCCGCUCCUUCGCAGUGGUCCUCGUACGCCUCGGCCGCAUCCUCAUACUGGGCCUCCAACAGCGCUAGUAUGAUUACUGCCGCUCCCAGCGCUUUCCCUUGGGCCGGCGGUCCUGGCGGCUGGAGAGGCGGCAACGGGUACGGACCCUUCGGCGGUGUCAAUGCCAACGGCACAAACGCUGGCUGGGGUCCUUGGGGCUCAAGCGGUGCAUGGACUUCCGGCCCUUGGACGUCUUGGUGGGGUGGAAGCAACUGCCCUGACAGCACAUGGUCUGGCUGGACUUCUGGCCCCUGGGGCACAAACGCACCCUGGACUUCGUGGUCGGGCUGCAAGGCUUCCACUACUGCCACCUCAACCAUCACUACCACUGUCUCGGGCACACCUACUACUUCUCUCGCAUACGGUAUUCAGGUGAAUGCCGCCACUCAGGCUUCUACUGGCUCUGGAUCGGGUACUGCGGCUUCGGCCUCGGCUUCGGCGACUGGUGCUGCUGCCAAUGUUGGUGUUUCUGGCGCUGGUGUUGGUAUCGCAGCUGGUGCAGUCGCUUUGUUGAUGCUGUAA